AUGGUCAAAGUUUAUAGACAUGGCUAUUUUGACUACAAACACUGGCCAACCCCGGAUGAGUUUCCCAAUUAUCCGAAGGUGCUGGACGGUGGUCAUGGAAGUGUUGAUGAUACUCCGGUCGGGAGGAGAAGGGUUCAUUAUUUCCGUUCCGGGACUACAAGCCCUUCAUCGGAUCAGUUGAAGUUCACGAAAUGCAAUGGCGAAGUUAUCAGUAAGACAACUAACACUCUGCUCGGUUGGCUGAAAAUUCGGUAUGCCUUCAAAAUCGUGCUGCGGCAUCUGGUAGCUAGUUUUCUGAUUACAGCCCAUAGAAGGCCAAUAUCCGUCUGGGCUGAGUAUCCAUUGUCGCCAGCAGCCUUUAUGUUGGUAUCAAGCGGCCACGACGUAUUUCACGGAACCAUGAACGUUGAAGAGGUCGAUUGUGGUCUAAGUAGCCAAGAAUUUGAUGAUCUGGAAUCACAUUGCCGUCAAGAUCUAGGAAGGACGAUAUUUUCAGUCGUUUCAGGAGAUGAGGAGAAUUUCCAAGAGUAUUUGUGA